UUCUUUUUUAUAAAAAUUUAUUUUGUAAUUAUUUAUUUUUCAAUUAAUAAAAAGAAAAAUAGUUUUAAAUCCAAUAUAUAGGACAUUUACAAGUAAUUUAUAAAUAUUUUAAUGCCUAAACGAAAUUCGAAAAACAUUCAAAAGUAAUAAUUGUUAUUUUUACAUACAUAUAAAUAUACGUACAGUGUUAAACGAGUGUAAACAACGCAUGUAUAUACAUACAUCCAUGUUAAACAAUAUAUAUAUAUGCUGUAAAAAUAUAUAUAUAUAUAUACAUGUACAUAAGCAUGAGUGUAUGAAUACGUAUAUAUGCAUUAAUAUCUUGAUACAUAUGAACCGACCAAAUUUUUCUGUGCUAGUGUGAAGCCUACCACUACAACUGUCAGUUACAACCAACCACCGUUUCGAAUUGAAUUGAGACACAUUGACCGUUUAAACGAGAUCAGGAGGGUCAGUUGCACAUAUUAUGGGCUGUGGACAAAGUAAAAUUCAUCUUUAUCCUAGAAAAUCGAAAAGCAAAGCAAACGGCAAAAAAGGAGGACACGGUGAUUCAGAUGCCGAAACGGACGAAGAUGAAGGACACAUUGAGGAUGCGGAAAAGUUUCAAACUCGAGAACGCGAUAAAAACGAAGAAGCUGAAGAUAAUAGCAAUAAAGAUUCGGGGGAAUCGGACGAUGAAGUAUCCGUUUCAUUGUUACGAGCAAAAAAUCUGUCUUUGCUGCAAAGUCAGGAAAUAUCAACUAGUCAACAAAAUUUCUUUCGGAUGCUAGAUAAGAAAAUUGAGGAGGGACCGGAUUACGAUUCAAAUAGUGAAACUGAAAUAGCUUUAGAGGAAGCGCGCCUGAACGCUUUGGUGCAGCAUUGGGAAUCAGCCAGUUUAACAGCAUCGAUGUGUUCGUCAGCUAGUCGUUCCUUGCAAACAACGCCUGUACGACAGACGCCGGCUAAACAAUUGGCCACAUCCAGAACCAUGUUACCGACUGGAAUACCACCUCAAGUACUCAAUGCGGAAUUUCUACCUCUAACGAGUACUUCAAUAACCGGAAGCCAAUUACCCAGUGGUGCUCUGAAAUUGGCAACUUCCAAUAAAUCAUUGGUAUUGUCACAUAUGAACUCCGGUAUAUUGCAUCAAAUGGCAGCGUUACCACAGAUGCCGCUCGGUAUGUCGGCUGAAACAUCCGCCGCAACUCCAAAUAUGGCUACUGUUAACGCAAAUUCGUCCAAUGCCCUCGCUAUCCUGCAGGCACCCAAUACACCACCAACACAACAAUAUUUGCUCGCCAUUCCAGCUGGUUCAUCGCCACUUCUGGGUAAAUCCAGUCAAAUAAGUCCCAAAAGAUUGGUUGAUGGCCGCAUGUUAAUUAAUUCCAGUCCGUUAGCACAACAAAUGCAACCAUCCCCGCCGACUAAUCUUAUGCAAAAUCAAUAUAUCCCCGCUACGCCAAAUCUACAAACAGCAACCACUUCGAAUUAUAUGAACGGCGGAAGAGGUCCGCAAUCGUCAGCAAUGGCCCUACAAUUAGCGUAUUAUGGUCAAGCAUCCACUGCCCAACAACAAAAUGUGCAACAAGCAAUAUCACAACAACAGCAUCAACAACAAUUACUUGAACAAACUCCCCAAAGCCAAAACCAAUCGUUAUCCUCCUCGACGUUAUCAGCGUCAGCUUAUUACGGUGAAAAUGUGCAAAGUGUUCAGCCGCCAAGCACUGAGUAUCGAUUUCCACCUGCCAUCAGUGUACAACGUUUGGCACCGCAAGUGCAGCGACAACUGCGCGAAACGCAGGAACUGAUAAAAGACUCUUGCCCCCAAUUGUAUGCGACCGGUUACGGUAGUCCCGGGCUUCCACCGAUUCGUAAUCAAACAGGAAUCACCGGUCGCACCCUCCCAACAAGUCGAAGACCCACCCUGGAGACACAAUUCUCGCAGGAACUCUCGUGAUAUCUACAAAACUGAAAUCAUAAUACAUACAAAAACUAACCAAUAACAACAAAAGCCAAAUUUUAAAUGUUAACAUUUAAUGGAAUUAAUUAAUGAGAAAUGUAAAGCCACAGAUAAAGAAGAUAUAAAAAACCUACUUAUGAACCAAAGAGAUACAUUUAGCGAGGUGGUCGAUCAAAUGCAUAACAUAUACCGCAUAUACGCUUAUCGAUUAUCGAAGCAAUGAUUAUAAAAGCAAACAUAUUAUGCAUACAUCAAGGCAUACAAUAAUACUUACAUACCAUAGGUGGAGGCUUCUGUUAGAUGCCAACGAUUAUAUUCACAAUACAUAGAAUCGAAUCGUCAUCAAAUCUCUUUUAGUCUCAUUUUAGAAAGUGUAUUUAACGUCUCUAGUCGCGCAUUCAGAAACAAUAUCAGCAGUCAUCAAUAAUAUAAACACAUGCAUACAAACCGACGUCAUUAACCCAAGAACCCCCGGUUAACAUAUUAAGGUUAAAAAAUAAAAAUAGAAAACACCAAAGAAAAUAUGUAACUACUCUUACAUUCUCAUGCAUAUACACGUAGACACAUGCAUACAUACAAUACGUACAUACCUAUAAUACUCUAUUAGUCCUAUUCAACUAAACACUAAUUCUAAAGCAUUUGUCACGCAUUUUACACCGCAAUGAAUAAGUGAAUGAAUGGAUGGAAGAACGAACGAAUGUAUAAGCAAAAAGACAGAAAAAAAAAAAAAAAAAAAUUAAAUAAAUAAAUAAAUAAAAACUAAAAAUAAAUAAAUAAAUACGAAAAUCAUCAAAAAUAAAUUAAUAAAUAUAUAUUUACUCAAGUGCAUCAUCAAAUGUUAGAUAUUUUAAAACAAAAAAUAAAACAAAAAAAAAAAAAAGACGCUCAUGCACAUCCCCAUACAUACAGUAAAUGUAUAGUAGAACAACAACAAAAACAACAACAAUCAUUUAUUUAUUCAUUGUUUUCAUCAUCACUUUGUGUGCGCGCAUGCGUACGUGCAUCCGCACAACACACUGCAAAUAAUAAUUCUUAAUUCUAAUGUCACAUCAAACGUACUUGUAUUUGUAAUUUGAGUAAUUUUUAUUAAUAAUUAAUAUAAUUAAAUAAUGUAGAAUAC